AUGCAGUUUGCUCUCCUUGUACUUCUACUCGUAGCAUCAGUCUCAUCUUAUUUUCAAUGUACAGACGACAGUCUUUUACGUGAUUUACCUCGUCGUUUACGCUCGGCAACAAUCACUGUUGCCACAUCAGCCAAUGCAGCACCCUUCGUUACUCGCAGUAGCUAUGGUGUACCUUAUGGAUUCGAUAUUGAUCUAAUGAAUUUAAUCAGUUAUUUAUAUCAAAUAAAAUUUCAAUAUCAGUAUGUGCCUUUUGCAUCAUUGAUUACGACAGUUCAAAGCAAUGUCAACACUAUUUCAAUUAGUUCUCAAACAAUUACGCUAGAGCGUAUGAAAUCCGUCGAUUUUGCUCAGUUCUUUAAAACUGGCACUGCUUUUAUCGUUCGGUCAUCAUAUGGACAAACGAUUACUGGACUCGGUAGUCUGUGUGGUAAAACCGUAUCAGUAGUAAGUGCAACGACACAAUAUCAGGAUGUAACAACACAAAACACAAUGUGUGGUGCUAAUAUCAUCAACAUAAAACAAUUUGCGACAUUAGCCAUUGCGAUAAAUGCAGUUUCCACCGGUGCGGCUGAUGUAGCUGUUUCCGAUGAAGCAGCACUGAUAAUCGCCGCUCUUGAAUCAAAUAAUACACUCAAAGUUGUUGGAACACCUUAUAACGUGCAACCUUACGGUAUUUUAUGCAACAAAAUGAAUCCAGAAUUAUGCUGUGCCUUAGUAAAUGCCAUAAAUUAUCUUAUUGAGGAAGGCAUUUAUGAACAAUUAUUGCAAAGAUAUUCAUUUACCUAUGCGAAUAAUGGCGUAUGUCCAUCAAGAAUUAAUUUAGUAGGCUCAACCUGUUCAAGAAAAUGCACACCAACAACAGGGCAAUGCAACAGAUAUUUGGGCUGA